UGUAAACUUACACACGUGCAAAGGCGAUGAUUGACCGGACAGGUCGCUGUCAAGUGGAAUGUGAUGACUUGAUGAGAACUUCACACUUCCACAUGUCGACAGUUAGCCCGGUGUAGAUUUUACAAGAUGAAGAAAAAAGACGACAAAGAUAGGCCGUCAUCUUCUACAGCGAAAGAGGCUGUUGAUGCCACAUCUAUUCUGAAGAAGUUAACUCCCAAACUGAAAAAGUCGUUCACACAUCACCAGAGCAAUGAAGACAAAGCUGGUAUUUCCCAGGGGAAUUCUAGACAGGUGUCCACCUCAAGCCUUGAGAAGACAGCAAGUCGAAAGUCAGUUGGUGAUGAGCAAAGACCAGACUGGUACGAGGAUCUCAGUGACGACCAUGUCAGUGCCUUCAAGGAGGUAUUCGAUAUGCUGGAUUCGAGCCACACCGGGACGUUGAAUGCUGACAGUCUGUACGAAGGGCUGCGACGCGUGGACAGUGAGAUCACACGGCAUGAGGUGGAGGAUGUGCUGCGAAACCUCGACAAGGAUGGCAACGGAGAAAUUGAUUUUGAGGAAUUCCUUUUUCACAUCAGUCACCAAGGUGACCAAGAAACUGAUGGUGAGGAGGGUUCCGGACGUAGGAAGGCCCUCACCAAGCGCCAGCGGCUGUUCUACACUGCCAUCACAGAAUUUCAUCUGAAGCGCACCUUGGAGACCAUCCAGAAGGCACAUCUGGCUCGGGUCAACCAGCCCCAUGUGUUGAGUCACUACACAGCAGGUGCACGGCUUAUCGGGCUAACUGACCGCCAACUGGCCAUGGAGAUGAAGAGGAUGCAGAAGAGCAUGAAACAGCAGGACUCUCCGUACGCUAAGCCACUACAACUGGUGGUCAAGGAGGGAGGGAGGAGGGCGGUCAGGAAGGCAAUCAGGCCACGGAGGAAGCCAGGGCUUCCUGCAGCAACAGCAACAACAGCACCAGCAGCAUGCAGUGACACAACCCCAGUCACAACCCAGAUGAGUCUUAUGAAGCAAAUGGCAAUGCAGCCCACUAUCUGCAUCCCCAGUGCUGGGCCUUUGCCAGCUCAUGGCAGCCAGGAUGUGAAGGGCAGUAUGACCUCAGAUCAAAAGAAGGUUGGAUGGUCCGGACUACGCACCAAACUCCAGGACACCCCCCAGCCUAACGUCACCUUUGAUAAUGACCUGAGGGAAUCUUUUCGAAUGCUGUCAGAGAGAGGGAGCAUCAUGUCCAAGUUGCCAGACCUCAACAAGAUAUUAGCGAUGCGAGACAAAAUUGUUCAGGACAUGGCAGGCAAGGAGGAAGCAGAUCCCCGGGUAGCAGACGACACAACUCCACCCCCAGCCCGCCCCACCCGGCCAGCCACAGCAAAACCGAAAUCUGCUGUCCGAGGCGGAACCACCAGCAGAGAAGUCAAAGAAACCAAAGCGCCAAAGGUUCAUUUAAGGGGUCGUGUGAUGUCAAAAGGGUGGACAAUAUUCCGGGUAGAUAGGGACAAAGUGCCUCUCCCUGCCCUGAAGAUCAAGUAUAAGCAUCACAAACCUACCAUAGAGGACUUGCCCAACAUCAGGGAAAAGGUUUCCAAGGCCAUUGAUGACUACUACGAGAGUCUACGGCAAGCCCAUGUCCAGACUGGGUUGGACCACUGGGACAGAAUCUAUUCUCACCGCAUCCGCUCACACAAACUGAUGGAGAACUUCCGUGAAGUGUACCGAGCUUAUUCCCCACACAAGCAAGAGGAAGCCUUUGUUGUAUGUCCGUGGGUUACUGGACCAUUCCGACACAUUCCCUCCCCCAAAAAUGGCCCUCGCUCUCCUUCUGCCACCCCGUUUCACAGGCAACAGAUUGGGGGACGGAAAAGUCCUGACCACGCUGCCCACAGUAGCCGGUCAUCUUGCACUGGUCGCAGCUCUCAGGAGGGCCGAACAUCGAGGGGAGAGAACAGGCCAGUCAGUGCAUUCUGAACACUGGAGCUUUUCAGCCCAUUAUAUACUGAUUACUUUAAUCAUGUGCUUCAUGUAAUAGUAGGGAUAGUAGAACACAAAUCAUAUAUAUAUUGAACAUUGGCCUUUCAUAUUCUUGUUAAUAUAUUCAUGGAAAGAAGCUAUAUGAAGAUUAUUUAGUUAUAUUAUUAAAGUUGAACCUUUUUAAAA